AUGAAAGAAAAGGAUUCACUUGAAGAUACAGUCAUCGAUAAAGCGACAACAAAAUCAUCAUCAUUACCUUCUUCACCACGCACUUCAUUUCAAUUCAUUGAAGAAUUGUUUUAUUGGGAUGAUACACAUGUGCUCGAUCCUCAUUCAUCAUUAUCUGUACAGUUUGAUGUAGAAUUGGCAAAGUUUAUCAUUGCUCUCAUUGUAUUUAGAACUAAAGUAAUCGGAAUCUAUUCACCUUCAAUCAUUGAAACUGUAGCAUCAAUGAUUUCUUCAAAUGUUAAAUUCAAUAAUGUUGUAACUGAUAACAACAACAAUAAUAGUAAUAAUAGUAAUAAUAGUAAUAAUUUAAAUAUAAAAAUAUCAAUUGAUGAACAUUUAAUGGUUAGUUCAUUUGCAAAUGUUGAAGCCAUUACAUCAAUCAAUAACCCUGGAUUAUUUUCGAGUGUCUAUGGUGCCAUUCACAUUGGAUCAUUGUUAUUGCAAACAUUGUAUAAUGAAUACUCGUCACUCAAGAAUUGGAAGUCAUUGGUGCCGAGUAAAUUCAUCGAGGCCAAUACAUCGACCGACAAAAUGGUGUCGCCAAGCAUCCCGUCGUUCAACUCGGUGUCGGUGUUUCAGGCCAGUCAUACGCGCACAUAUGACCUCUUCCCAGAACUCAACCUUUUCUUGAAGCAGUGUGUGGCACGUGUUGAAAAGGACUCGAUACUACCUGCCUACUAUAGCCACGACACGGUACGACAAAAGGAGGAGGGUGCCUACUUGUACAACAGCUCACUCGGACCCAUCCAAAUUGGCGUGCCUCCCGAGACCAUCAAAACAUCACUCAAGAAACAAGAGCAGGUACCACAGGUGUACGUGCUGCCACAUAUUCUCUCGUCGCACGGUGUGUCCUACUCUGAGGUGGAGUUUCCCAUCUUUUUCAACUUUUUCAUCAACAAGGCUGCAACCAACCCACUUCGACGUGUGGUCAUGGUUGGAGCGGCCGAGCAGUUGGAGCGCAUCCGAACCAUCUUUAAAGAGAGUAUGUUUGGUCCAGACACAAUCUACAUCAACGAUGAAAUAUGCGAUGCCAAGAAAGCGUCUGGUUACGCGAUUGACUUUCCAGCCGAGCGUCAGUCACUUGCUUUUCAUCGCGAGGGAAAGGGUGAGACUACUAUAGACGACUUUUUAGUCUUCUCACCAUACGACCAGCAAGGCAAGGCAGAGAUCUCGUUGCCAUCGGUUGCCGACCCCUCCCAAAACACAUCCGUCACAAUUGUCAACAAGUCUGGCCUCGUUUGCUUUUACGAGCAAGGUGCACUCAAAGGAUUGGUAGAUUCAACGAUUCAACCUUCAUCCACUCCCCACCUCAACUAUGGAAGUCCGCUGUUCCAUCACCAAACCAACAACAACAACAACAACGUAGAGCUGGGCAACACAGAGCCACACGUUGUUGUCACAUCUUCUAAAUUCCGUCCACCCACAUUUGGUCUGUCGUUCCUUGGGACGAGUCAUGGGUUUGAUCCGUACGGUCACACAACCGGCUUUAUUAUUUGGAUCAACGGUAAUGGUAUCCUGGUCGAUCCACCUAUUGGAACAACCACAUACCUCAAAUCAAAAGGCAUCUCUCAUAAAUUAGUCGAUCAAGUCAUCUUGACGCAUUGUCACUCGGAUCACGACAGUGGAAUAUUGCAAAAGAUUGUCGAGAGUGAAAAGAUCACCAUCUUUACAACCAAAACAAUCAAUGAAAGUUACAAACGAAAGGCUAAAGCUCUAACUGGUAUAGAAUCCAUUUCAGAUUAUUAUAAUUGGGCUCCUGUCCCUAUUGGUGAAAAAAUUAGAAUUCAAGGUGCUGAAUUUGAAUUUGAUUAUUCAUAUCAUACAAUUCCAACUAUAAGAUUUAAAGUAUCAUUUUGUGGAAAAUCAAUUGCCUAUUCAUCGGAUACAAAAUAUUGUCCAGAGAGUUUGAGUGAUUUGGUUAGAAAAGGAGUCAUCAAUGAACGUAGAGAAUCAAGUCUUAGAAUGUUUGUUUUCGAUGCAGAUGUUAUGAUACACGAGUGUGGUGUGCCACCUAUUCAUACAUCGAUCGAAGCAUUAAACAAUUUGACAGAGUCUAUCAAAUCUCGUUUGUUGGUUGUCCACACUUCACGUAUUCCAGAUAGAAUCGAAAAGGUGGUCAAUGGUCAGCAGGUUUCAAUCAAGGUUGAGGGGUUGAGAAUCCCCAAUGUCGGUUUGGAGAAUACCAUUGCCAUUCCUGUUGGUGACUAUUACGAAGGUUACUCGCGAGCAGUCAGCCGAUUCAAAUUAAUGUCAAAUAGCUUCUACUUUAGACAUGUUCCACCAUCCAUGUUGUUUAAAAUAUUCAAUGCCAUGUCAGAGGUGAAUGUACCGGCGGCGACCACUGUCAUUCAAGCUGGAGAGUCAUGUGACAGAUGCUACUUGAUCGAAAGUGGAUGUGCAGACGUAUUGCUCCCGAGCGACAAGGAUAUACUCCACAAGCAUCAUUUGCAUUAUUUCGAUAGUCCGACAUUGGAUAGUGUUGGAGGUGAUCUACAACAAAUUAAAGAAUUGGAAAUUAAAGUAGAAAAACAACAGCAACAACAACAACAACAACAACAACAAAAAGGGGAAAGUCAUUCAUCAGAUGAACAUCAACCAAAUCAUGAAGCUGUCGAUCAAUCCAAUACAAGAGGUGAUUCUAAAGUGAUUGGACAGUUUAUACCUGGUGAUACAUUUGGUGAAAAUGCACUUUGGAAACAACAGUCGAGGAGAGCAGCGACCGUGAUUGCCAGUUCAGACAUGAAGCUGCUUUCCAUCACCAAUGACGAUUUCCUUCGUAUUCAAAAGGAACAUCGUGAUGAACAAGUCAUGGACCUGUUGACCAAUGACCUUGAAAAGAUUAAAACCUACUCGCCCUUUCUCUUUUUCGUCCUCUCCAAGGCAUUCCCAUUCUCUCAGCUACAAUUGACCAAGGAGCAGAUUGACUAUUUUGCAGCAGCAAUCGACAGCGAAGUAGUAUUCCAACAAGGUUCGGUUAUCAUCCGAGAGAAUGAUAAUGACAACUCACUCUACAUUAUUAGAAAAGGUAAAGUCACACUCUCAAAGGGUGACGUCGAAUUCAAGACACUCUCCAAGGGUGAAUGCUUUGGCGAAAUCUCAUUGCUCCUUGGUACCACUAGAUCAUGUACUGCCAAGGCUGCAGAAAAUCACACCCAUCUUCUCAUUCUCAAAAGAGACGGAUUCCAAUCGAUUCUUGAUCGUUAUCAGCACAUCAAAUAUAACCUCACUCAACUUGUAGAACAGAGAUUGGGUUCUCUUGAACAAUGGAAGAAUUCCUAG